GUGUGUCCAGAGAGAGUCAGCCAUAGUAUUUCUGGGCCAAGUGGAGUUAAGAGUUUCUGCAGCAUCCUUGACUGGGCUCAGCCGCUGAAAAUUUAGGGAAAGAUGUUCGGGGUCUUGGCCUUAGCUUCGCUUGUCCUCUUCCUGAUCCUGGCAGCACCCCACAUCCGGAAAGCACUUUCCAAAGGAAUAUGUACUUCAACUGUGCAGCUUCCUGGAAAGGUAGUAAUAAUCACCGGAGCCAACACAGGCAUUGGGAAGGAGACGGCCAAAGACCUUGCUCAGAGAGGAGCUCGAGUAUAUAUUGCUUGUAGGGAUUUGCAAAAGGGGGAGUUGGCAGCCAGUGAGAUCCGGGCUAAGACAGGCAACCAGCAGGUGCUGGUGCGGAGCUGGACCUGUCGGGACACCAGAUCAAUCCGAGCCUUUGCUGAGGCCUUCCUGGCAGAGGAAAAACAGCUUCAUCUGAUCAACAAUGCAGGAGUUAUUAUGUGCCCCUACUCUAAGACAGCUGAUGGAUUUGAGAUGCAAAUGGGAGUCAAUCACUUAGGUCAUUUUCUUCUGACCCACCUGCUGCUGGAGAGGCUGAAGGAAUCAGCCCCAUCAAGGGUGGUGAAUGUGUCUGCCAUGGCGUAUCACCUGGGCAGGAUUCAUUUUAACAACCUACAUGGCGAGAAGUACUAUAACCGAUGGCCUGCCUACUGCCACAGCAAACUGGCCAAUGUGCUUUUUACCCAGGAGUUAGCCCGGAGACUAAAAGGUAGCUGUGUUACUACAUACUCUGUACACCCUGGAACCGUCCAACUCUGAAUUGUUCGGUAAUUCAACUUCCCUGAGACUGAUAUUUCAGCUCCUCUCUUCUUCAUUUAAGACCCGCAGGAGGGAGCCCAGACCAGCCUGUAUUGUGCCUUGACUGAGGGCCUUGAGCCUCUGAGUGGGAAACAUUUCAGUGACUGCAGUCCUGCAUGGAUUUCUUCCCGGGGACGAAAUAUGACAACAGCCAAGCGGUUAUGGGAUGUCAGCUGCGAUCUGCUGGGAAUCCAGCAGGACUGAGAGGGGGAGUAGCCCAUCACCAAAGAGCAGCUUUAGAUUGCUCAGUGUUUAUGUGCCAAAAGGACUUCUACGAGGUUGGUUGAAAGGGAGCAUAAUCCUUCUACUGGUGAUACAUUUGCCUACCUGACUUCAGGGUAAUAACCCAAUGCACUGCAGAUCUUUCUAAGUAUCUUUUACUUGUAUGUCUCUGUUUUGUCCCCUGUCACUGUCAGGGGCGAUCAGUAAUGUUACAGGACCCCAAUAUUACACCUGCAGAUAAUUCUUUCCUUUGGUUCACCUCUAGCUGAAUGGGACCAAACUAGGGAGAGAGAAGGAUUGUUCUGAAAGUUAGCCCUCUUUGACCUCUAUUGGAUAGUACCUAGUUCCUACCUAGUUGAUUUUCAUCUUCAGGAGAAUAGUUCUGUUUACUUAAUCAAGUAGACCCUUCAUCAAGACCAUAAUCAGGUUCCCUCUUUGAUACAACCAAUCUGAUACUUAUGCCUAGACUCACUCAGGAAAAUCUUUAUUAAAUCUAAACCUCACUUGGGCUCGUUCCUUGAGCAGCCUGGAGCGAUUGUGGUUAUGAUGGACUGUGCCAUGCUUCUGAUAGGAUUGCUUUAAAAAAAAAACAAAAAUCUCCAACCCUCUCCACUCCAUGAAGAGAAAAUAAAGGCCAAAUGUUUUUUCACUUUUGAUCUAAGGAUUGUAUUUAGAAGUGGUCUCAGGCCGCUCAUUUUGCCUAGUUUUUGUAAAAAGUCAGGAGGGAGAGGUAAUGUUCACGACUGCUACCAAGCAGUCUAGACUGACCUUGUUGUUACACAGCAGAUAAUAUGAGUGAGAGAAGGAACAAAUGUCAUUUGGUACAUAUACAUAUGAGUCUAUUUUUCUUUACGGGUUUGCCCUUCUGUGUCAGUGAUGAUUACAUGCCAGUUAAGUGACUGGACCUCCUUUCAGCUGCAUCUUUGUGCAGAUGGUAGGGAAGUAUGUGGAGAAACUGGGCAGAAGGCAGAGGAUUA